UGAGAUUUGUUCGAAGGCGGGGAAAAGAGCCUGUAAGGUAAAGACCAGGGCAACACAACCUUACAAUUCAAACACGGAAAAGGAGACGUUUAACGUUUAAACUUAUAGAAAUCAACACAAUGUCGAAAAGGAAGAACACAGUUAAAGCUCCUAUAUCCAGAAUCAAGGACGACUCCAGGAUAAUGUUGGCUCAUGAAUCCAUGGUGGAUUUUAUCAAGGCCACAGCCAACCCCAUGCAUCAACACCAUGCUGCAGACUCCUUCAUGAAUGUCCUGACCUCUGGCAUGUUUGAUUUUAGGUCUUAUAACCUGGAGGAUGACCUCAUAUAUUCAGAUGAUGAUAAUGAUGAAGGUGUUGCUGCUACAAGGCUUUUGGAGCCACAUCCACGAAUUAGACAACUCACCGAAGAGGAGGCUGAGAAACACGCAGCAGAAUUGAUAGCAGAAGAAGAGCGACGUAAGGAGAAAACAGAAAAGAACAAGCGUAAAAAAAUGCGUAAAAAAGAAAAGAAGCGAUUAAAAAAAGAGAACGCAGUUCAAAACAAUUUACCUGAGGAAGAACAAGGCAAAUCUGACUCUGACUCAGAGAAUGAAGAAGAAAAUCCUAUUAUUCAAAGUAACAUAGAAGCAAAUGAAGAGGAACAAACUCAACAUGCAACUGCAGGUGCUGAAUGUGAUGAAAGCAGUGGUGAGAAUAAUAAUAAUAAAGAAGAAGAAGAAAUUCAGGUGAAGAUAAUUGAGGAAGAUGAGGAUGAGAAGGAGUUGGAUUUCAAUAAUUCAUAUGCUCGUUUGCCUGAAUUUGAAUCUGAGGCGACGUGUAACCAGGAGCCUCCAGAAAGAGAAAAGGAGGAAAAAAAUGAAUUAACGGUGGUUCAGAUGCACAAAGAGGAAAAGCCAAAAUUUGUGGGGAAAAAAGCUGAAGUUAAAAAGAAAGAUGAACCUGAUGAAGAGAAAUCCAUUGAUUCCACUCUGGAGGAGUUUGCAAAGAGAAGCAGAGAGCUGGCUCGUUCAGGGAAUCGUCUGGCCGCCUCUGGUCAGUAUGACAUGGCGGUGAAGUGCUUCACUGAUGCCAUUAAAUUCAACCCAAAGGAAUUCCGGUUGUUUGGAAAUCGCUCGCUGUGUUACGAACGAAUGCAGCAGCAUGAAAAGGCUCUGAGAGACGCUGAUGUGGCUCUGUCCAUGGAGCCAGACUGGAUCAAAGGUUUAUUCAGGAAAGGCAAAGCUCUGUGUGGGCUCAAGAAAUACUAUGAAGCCUCGCUGGUUUACAGGGCAGUGCUGAACCUGGAGCCUUCAAGUGCUGAAGCUGCACAGGAGCUGAAACGAGCACAGACGUUACACCUCAUGGAAAUGGGCUUCUCCUGGGCUCAGAGCAACGAGGCAUUGAAAGUUCACGCCACAUUAGAGGACGCUGUGGAAGCUCUGUUUGGAGGCGUCAAUCAUCAGGAUCCUGCAGAUACUGGUGCCAGCAGAGACAACGUGGUCCAACCACUGGUGAGGGAGGAACAGGGUCAGGAUGGAGAGUGGACUGUCCUUCAAUCAAACCGCACAAGAAUGCAGCACGUCAAAGAAUUUGAUGCUCUGGUUCCAAGCAGAUCAAAAUCUCAAUCACCAACUCAUCCUGUAAAGAAUCCUGGGAAACUGGAGCAUUUCUCAAUCUGGGUCGGAUCCUUGUCUCCCACCGUCACUUACCCAGCACUUCACGAGCUCUUCAGCAGAGUUGGAGCCGUUCACGGCAUUAAGAUGCUGCUGGAGCAUCAGUGUGCGUUUGUGCAUUACAUCAGGAAAGAAGACUGUGACCGAGCCAUCCAGUCUUUUAACGGAAUUGUGUUUGAGGGAACUCCUCUGUCUGUGCGGUAUCCCAUCAAAGGCCACAAUGACUCCUAUUCACGCGCUGGUCCGUACAAGAAGGAGUGUUUUUUCUGGAGGACGUCGGGCUGCACGAGGCAGGACUGCACCUUCAGACACGUCCCCGAGCACAAGAACAUCGACCGCGUCAAGUUCACCAGCAGACUGGGACAAUUCUAACACGUACCAGCCGUUCUUCUUCUUCUUCUGUGGUGUUUGUCAUUGUUCAUGUGCCUUUUAAAAAAAAAAAAAUUUAUAAUUACUCCAGGGAUUAUUUGUGAUCUAAUCUGUUUAAAGAUUUCGUCAAAGUGCUUAUUAGUUGUUUCUUUUAUUUAAAUUUAAUGCAAUUUUAACAGAUUUUUCUGUUUGACUAUAAUUUAAUAGUUAUAUAAUAGAGAUUAUUAUUAUUAUAAUAAUCUCUUAUCGCUCAACUUUGGGGCAACAAACUGAUCUGCUUUCAUUUUUAAAGGCUGUGAUUAAGUAGUUACACUAAAGGCACAUUUAAUAUGCCAUGUUUAUGUUUAUCUUGUGCUGUGAUCAGACUGCAGGGGGCGCUGUGUUUGUUAGGGUUAGUGUCAAUAGCUUGGACACCGACUGUCACACAGUAAGUGCAGACUAAAGCAGAGUCUAGGCUAAAGCAGGAUUUAGGAUUGUUUAAGCUUCACUGUGUCAUUCUGAGACAUUGCAGAAUAAUCCUCUCCACAGGCGGUGAGACAGUCAGAGAGACAGUCUGUCUCUCUGACUGUCUCUCUUUUCUGCUUAAAGCUCUGCACGGUUCACACCUGUGUCACUUCUGUGACUGUUUGGGAUAAUUACACUGAAAAUGAGCAGCAGUUCAAACAUGUCAGUGUGUGGAUUAAAACACCAAAGUUCUAUACUUAUUUAAUCCUAAAGGGACAUAGUUUUCUUCUUUCUAAUGUUUGAUGUAAUGAGUGUUUUUAAGCAGAUGAAGUCGUCUCUGUGUGAACUGCAGCUUUUCUUCAUGUUAAAGUGGCAACAGUCAGAAUUAAGCAGCGUACCAAUCGUUUGUCUGGAAGAUGUUUAGCCGGGAUUUUGAGUGUUUGAACACAUGGGCUUUCUUUCUUUCUUUCUUUCU